AUGCCCGAAAUGUUCCGUAUGAACGAAACUCAGCCCAACCCAGCUCUCCAUCCAACCACUGCCCUAGUCCCUCUUAGUGGCGUGAAUCCCACCGUCAACAACAAUAACAGUAUCUCUUGUCGAUGGUGCGCUGCCAUUUUCGGGCGCAACGGAGAACGGAACCGUCACGAGAAGAAGCAUCUGGCCCACAAGUAUAGAUGCAUGUUCUCAGAUUGCGACAAGACCUUCUACCGUCCCGAUAAGUUGCGCGAUCAUCUUAGGCAAGGCCACAAGCAUGCUAACCCUCACGGCAAUCAGUAUGUUGGAAAUUCAAGAUGA